AAAGGCUCCCAAGCUGUAACACUUGCUAUUUACCGUUGUUAAAGCUUUUGGUUAAAAAUGAGCAGAGAAUAAUGCUAAUAAACAGAAUAUAGCUGAAAUAAACUCAUCCAGCAAUCCCUGCAUGUUUUUAUUUUUAUCUCUGAUAAGGCCAUUCUGAAUCUGGAAAAAAAAGAGGCAGAGAUUUACUUGCAGAUCAAGAGAUGACAUGAGAACUUAUCAUUAUUAGCGUAUCUUGAUGUUUUUCCACAUUAUCUUAACCUUUUCUUUUAGUUUGCUGCUUUGACAACUUAUAGCCUACUGACAGAGAUGGUGGAAAAUGGCACUCCCACUGCUGUCCUACUCCCACAUCUAAACAGUCAGCCUAAUUUACCAUCCAUGUAUUCUGUCUUAUUACCGCAGUAGAUGACAGCACCACUGACUCCAGUUACAGACCUCCAGCCAGAGGAAGCAGUAAAAGUCACAACGUUUCUCCUUCCUCUCUGCUUUCACCCAAAAAAGACAACCAUCCAUUCACCCAUCGAGCAGAAACAUCCCAACAGCCAUCACUCCUAUGCACCAGAGCCUCCUGCCAGUAUGGAAAGGUCCUCCGAUGUCAACCCUGGUCUCCCGCAGAGAUCCAGAAUGACGCCCAGGAAGGAGAGGGAGAGCGGAGCCUCUGCACUUCCCAGAAGUCACAGACAAAGGCCAUCGAAGGCAGGCCGGGUCCCUGAGGCAUCAUCAGUGAGGAAAGAGAGGCUGCAGAAGGAGAAGCCAGAGACACAUGAGUUGAAGGUGGAGCAGGAGACAGAAGUGAAGGUGAGAUCCACGGUGGUGGACAUAGACAGCGUGAGAGAGGAUGAGGUCAAGGAGGAGAACCUGGGGCUCCUGGAGGCAGCGGAGCAGGAGGACGGUCUGAAGCGCAGGAACCUGGGAGUGUUUGAGUGGCUGCUGAUGGUCUUCGUCUUGGCUCUGGUUCUCCUCUUCCUCCCUCUUUCCAUCUGGUUCUGUGUCAAAGUAGUGAGGGAGCAUGAGAGAGCUGUGAUCUUCAGACUGGGUCACCUACUGCGUGGAAGACCCAGAGGACCAGGCCUUCUUUUCUACCUCCCACUCCUGGAUGUGUGUCACAAGGUCGACAUCCGUCUGACAAUGCUGAAGGUUCCUCCUCACACGGUGGUGACAAGGGACUUGGUGAGGCCGGAGCUGAGUGCAGUGUGUUAUUACCAGAUAGAGAACGUGGCACUGUGCAGCGCGGCUCUGUCUAGUCUGACCACGGUGCUGCAGACUCUGGUCCAGGCGGCGGUCAGAGACAUUCUCGCUCAAUACACACUCAGCCACAUCCUGCUGCACAGGAGGAGGAUGGGACAGCAGAUACAAGCAGCUGUUGACUCUGUUGCUUGCCGCUGGGGCAUCAGGGUGGAGAGAGCAGACAUAGACGAGCUCAGUUUUCCUGUGGAGUUACAGCAGAGUUUGGCUGCUGAGGCCGAGGCCAAGAGACAACACCAGGUCAGAGUAAAAGCAGCAGAAGGGGAGAGAGACACCUGGGAGGGGUUCAGGGCUUCCCUCCGUCUCCUCCAUCCCGCUCUGGUCCUUCCUCUCCCUCCAGAUCUCCUCAGCUUGACCCCUGACCUCUCAUCCCUACCACUCCCUCCUCCCCCUGCCUUCGAAGGAGAGGGAGGGACGACAGAGAGGGAACCAGAUAAAGACUCGCCAAUGAUGUGACAGAACAUUAAGACAUGAAAGCUUUUUAUUGUUGAAAUGUUCUAAAUUAUUAUUGAACACCUAACAGAAGCGAGUGUGAGACAGUGAUUCUCAGUUUAUGGUAGAGUUUCAGGAGAUUUUUAUCAUGUUUAAGAAAGUAAUAAUGAAGCCAAAUGAAUGCUUAUUCAAGUACAAAUUAGAUAUGAGUUAAUAAUGAAUAUUUUCCUCCAGAGAGCUUUGGAAUUUAAGUGGUUUACGCUGGUGAACAAGCUGGUGACAAUUUCCAUGUCUUGAUAAUAAAGGUCCAGAGAAUUCAAACUUUUUCAAAUGUAAUGCCUGCAGAAACUUAAUUUUUUGGAAGGAAACAAAAACUGAUUUGCCUUUACUUGGAGUCAGACAUAUCACAAGGUUAAACAAAAAACACAGCAAGCCAUUACGUAAAUGAUGACUUCACUAUAGUCAUCCUCAUAAAACAGGCAAGCAGUCUG